ACCUCCGCGCUGUUUAACAGUUGCCUUUUGGAAACGCCUAUCAGACACUGUUGUGGCAAUAUAAGUUUGUCUGUGAGUGUGUGUAUUUAUUCAAAUCCACGCAAGCCUUUAAAUUAAAGCGCUAAAAGUCACCAUCGAUCUAACAGGGAAACUGAAGUUAGCUGAUGGUCCUAGUUAGCUGAGUUAAGCUAACUGGCUAGCCCGAAGCAUGCCGAAUUUUUGCGCGGCCCCAAACUGUACACGGAAGAGCACACAGUCAGAUUUGGCAUUUUUUCGGUUUCCACGGGACCCUGAGAGAUGCCGAAUUUGGGUAGAGAACUGCCGCAGGGCAGAUCUAGAGGCGAAAACAUCGGACCAGUUAAACAAGCACUACAGAUUAUGUGCGAAACACUUCGACCCAGCGAUGGUGUGCAAAACGAGCCCCUAUAGGACUGUACUGAAGGAUACAGCUAUUCCCACCAUAUUUGAUCUGACAAGCCACCUAAAAAAUCCUCAUACCAGACAUCGCAAGCGGAUUAAAGAACUUACUGAAGAAGAUUUGAAAAAGAUCAAGGAAAGGAGAUUGGCAUCCUCUAUUGACCAGCUUGCUUCUAAAAAAGAAGCAACAGCUGAGGAUAGCAAUACCACCAAUGAAGAUGAACCUCAACUGUCCACAGAGGAGAAGGAGUUUCGUGAUUACUUGAGGUCCUUGUUUGAGGUUGUGGUCACGUUAGGAAAACAGAGCAUCCCCUUAGCGGUGGACAAAGCAUCUGAAGCUGAAUACAAGUCCAACAACUUCCAGGCCCUUCUAGAUUAUCGCAUGAACGCUGGAGACGAAGCUCUGAGGAAGCGGUUUGAUGCAACAGCUGUGAACACAGAAUACCUGUCUGCAACCCAGCAGGGCCAGCUGCUGGAUGUGUGUGAGAACACAGUGAGAGAGGAGAUGCUGAUGGAGGUGAGAGAGAGUCGCUUCUUCUCUCUAGUCACAGGCGACCUUGUUGAAUUUGCCAAAGAGAAACAUCUGCCUGUCUUUCUACGCUUUGUGAAUCAACAAAAUGUCCUUCGAGAGGAAUUUUUGGACUUUGUGCCAUUUGAUGGUGACGAGUCUGCGCUGGUAGAGAGGCUAGAGGCCCAGCUGACUGACCGUUGGGGUCUCAGCAUGGAGGACUGUCGGGGUCAGGCACACAAGGCCACUGGGUCCUCCACCACCAAGAUGAAAGCUGUGGCAGUAUUACUGAUGGAAAAGUAUCCCUUGUUAUUGCAUAUGCCUUGCUCCCAUACAGCAUUGAACAUUCACCUGGCCAAAAAUCUACCUUUUCCUAACGUCCAGAUCAUCAUGGAGACUCUGAGGAGGAUCGGUGCGUUCUUUAGAAACCCGUUCACUCAGGAUGAGCUCGAGAAGGCUAUCUUUACUCACUACCAGAAAAAUGAAGAGAAAGGAGCUACACUGAAACAAGCUUGUAGCCCAGGUUGGACAGAGCAACACAAUGUCUUUGAUGUGCUGCUAGAUAUAUUACCACCCCUUGUGUUGUGCAUGGACAGCAUUCGAGGCAAUGGUGAUGGAAAGUUUGCUGAUGUUGUCACAGGAGAUGCAUAUUCCAUCAUGGAAACUCUGGCUGACUUUGAGAUUGUCGUCACCAUCGUCAUCUUAAAAAAUGUCCUCAUGUUCACCAGAGCCUUUGGCAGGAACCUCCAAGGGGAGACACUCGAUGUGUUUUGUGCUGCCAACAGUCUAACUGCUGUCCUGCAUUCACUGAACGAGGUCAAUGACAACAUCGAUGUCUAUCAUGAAUUCUGGUACGAGGAGGCUGUGAGUGUGGCCACAAUAAUGGAGAUCCCUGUGAGGGUCCCGAGGCUGUUCCUUCGGAAGCAGCGUGCAGCCGAUGUAGGAGAAAUCCAAGCAGAGGCAUAUUUUAAGGAGUAUGUUACAAUCCCCGUUAUCCAUGGCAUCAUGCAAGAGGUGGAGGACAUGUUCUCCGAAACCAACAUCAAAGCCCUUAAAUGCCUGUCACUGGUACCAGCUAUCAUGGGCCAAAUGAAGUUUAACACCACUGAGGAGAACUAUGCAGAUGUUUAUCGUAAUGACCUCCCCAACCCAGACACACUUCCCGCAGAACUUCACUGCUGGAGGAUCAAAUGGAAGCACCGGGGAAAAGAGGUGCGUUUGCCCACCACCAUCCACGAGACACUGCAGCUUCCAGAUGUCAAGUUCUUUCCCAACGUGAACGCCUUCCUCAAGGUGCUCUCCACCUUGCCGGUGCUGAAAUUAGAGGACAACAAAAGUGACGUAGCCAGUGAACGACUGCAGGCCUAUCUUGACAGCAUGUCUGCAAAGCAGUGGAACAGAAGCCUUGCCAUGCUUAACAUAAACACUCAUGUCAAACAUGACUUAGACGUCAUGGUAGACAAAUAUUGCAGACUGUACCCAGAGGACGAUCCUGAAGCUGAGGCAGAGUCUGAGGAGGUGGCAGAGGAAGAUGUGGCAAAAUGAAAAGCUUGUGCAGUAAUGAAACUGAUUGCAGCAGAUCAGUAAUCACAUUACUAUCAGCCUCUAAUGUGUGUCUGGUGUAUAUACAUCUACAUCUUUGUACUAAUAAUUUAAAUGUGAAUAUGUAAUUAAAUGACAUGAGUGUUCAGUCCCUUAAAUUUCCAAGAAAAAAUGAUGUAUAUAAAUGCCUCAGCCUGAUUUUACAUUGUAUAAAUUGUUAAAAUAAAUGAUUAAUAACUCAUGUUGACUGAGAAAAUGAU